UUUGAUAUAUUGGGAGCCGGGAGCUUGGCCGGGAGACUGAGGGUUAUUGCUACAAAGAUUUCUUGGAUUUUCUGCUGCUGGUUGAUUUUUAUUUCACAGUAGAAAGGCUCCAGACGUUCAAAGGAGUUACCAUGGGAACAUACACUAUCAGAAAGGCCGAACCAGAUGAUUGUGAUGAUAUUGUAAGACUCAUCAAUGAACUUGCUGAGUAUGAGAACAUGCCAGACCAAGUGGACGUGACACCAGAAAAACUCAGAGCUGAUGCCUUCUGUGAUCAACCCUUUGUCAACUUGCUGGUUGCUGUGUGUACCAAAUCCAAUACAACGGUUGCUUACAGCUCUUUCUCCUACACAUACAGUUCAUGGAAAGGCCGAACAGUUUACUUGGAUGAUCUUUAUGUCACACCAGCGCAUAGAGGGCAUGGGAUAGGAACAACAUUAAUGCAGUCAGUGGCUAAGUGUGCCUAUGAACAAAAGCAAUGUAAUCGUAUGAACUGGAUCGUUCUCGCUUGGAACGAACGUCCGAAGGAGAUGUAUGCUCGGCUUGGAGGAGAGAAUCUAACUGUGAAAGAAAGCUGGGAAAACAUUACGUUAUUCAAAGAACAAUUGAAAAACUUAGCAACUAAUUAUCAGGUUAAGCUAAGUGCUGAUACAACAAUAGAUGUGCAGCUAUGAUUGUAAUUUAGCUUCUAGAUGUAAGUAGUACGCUGCUUCAGUGUAUAUAUGACCCAUUUAGAAAUUUUUUACUCUAAUUUGAAAAUUGUGCCUUAUUCUAUCAAAGUUGUCCAAAGAAGGAUUUGGUUAUAUUGAGUUAGC